GAGGGUGUUGCAUUCUGGUUCUCAGAGUCUUGAAGCAGAGAAUGUCGGGAUCCCGAUUCUGGAUUGUCCAGAGGGAGCUCCCCAUAUUCCUGCGACGGGCACCUAGGAUCUUAGAAUUGUGGGAAAGGGCUUGUCAGCCGGUUCUCUCACGAUCCCCGUAAGUGCGGGGUGGGGAGGUAGGAUCCUUUGAGACGUUGGAGAUGAUACCAAAAGGAACAAGAGGGGAGGCGACCCCCUAUCAAGACAAGGAGUCUCGAUGUGGGACGCCUGGGUACACCUGUCCCUGAUCCGACCUCCAGGCAAAACACUGCUGCACAUUCCCGCGCCACGCUUGACCUCUAGGGACACACCCAGUCCUGUGGACCCAGACACCGUGGAGGUGCUAAUGACCUUUGAACCUGAUCCAGCUGACCUUGCCCUGUCAAGCAUUCCUGGCCAUGAGACUUUUGACCCUCGGAGACACCGCUUUUCAGAGGAGGAACUGAAGCCUCAGCCAAUCAUGAAGAAGGCAAGGAAAGUUCAGGUGCCUGAGGAACAGAAGGAUGAGAAGUAUUGGAGCCGGAGGUCCAAGAACAAUGAGGCAGCCAAGAGGUCUCGAGAUGCGCGAAGACUCAAAGAGAACCAGAUAUCGGUGCGGGCGGCUUUCCUGGAGAAGGAGAACGCCCUACUGCGGCAGGAGGUGGUGGCUGUGCGGCAGGAGCUAUCCCAGUACCGCGCUGUGCUUUCACGCUACCAGGCCCAACAUGGGACACUGUGAGGCUCCUUCCAUCCUGCCUGGGCAGCGCCCUAUUCCUUACUCAGACUUGCACCUGACACUCUUCCUCCUUCCUUAUUCCAUGGCCCGUGGUCUGGCCAGCUAAGUGACCCCAGGGACGUCAUGAUACAGACAAAUACAUUUAUAUUUUUAAGAAAAAGCUAGCCUUCUCCCACCUCCCUCAUGGGGGUGAGGAGGGUCCUGUGUGUGCUCUUAGCACUUCGGGGGAACCUGUCUACCCAACCGCCUCCGUCAACACAAUCCUGAAUAAAUCUUGAGAACCCA